AUGAAGGGCGAGGUUCACCAUCAUUUAGAGGAGAGCAUUCGUCCAUACAUUGACCUGAUUGACACUCUGCGCUCCGUUGGCAUUCAGAAGGACUUGGCGUUACCGACUAUCGUAGUGAUCGGAGACCAGAGUUCUGGGAAAAGCUCUGUGCUGGAAGCACUGUCUGGAAUUGCGUUGCCAAGAGGAAGCGGAAUUGUCACUAGAUGUCCACUAGAGCUGAGGCUGAGGAACGUAACAGGUGGAGUCAGCUGGAAAGCUGUUCUGCCACGCUUGUCGUAUGAGGAGAAGAUAAUUGAAUUCGGGGAUCCUUCAUUAGUUGAAAAACAUGUUGAAGAAGCCCAGAAUGAGUUAGCUGGAAAAGGGGUGAAAAUCUGUGAUGACCUCAUCACUUUAGAGGUCAGGUCAGCAGAUGUGUGUGACCUCACACUGAUCGAUCUACCUGGAAUCGCUCGAGUCCCAGUGCAAGGACAACCACAAGAUAUUGGAAACCAGAUCAAACGUCUGAUCAUGAAAUUUAUUGAGAAGCAAGAGACUAUAAACAUGGUAGUGGUCCCAUGUAACACAGACAUUGCAACAACUGAAGCAUUGAGAAUGGCACAAGAAGUUGAUCCUGAGGGCAUAAGAACUCUUGCCAUUUUGACCAAGCCAGACCUCAUAGACAGGGGAACCGAGAAGAAUAUUCUGGCCGUUGUCCAGAACAAAGUGAUUCCGCUCCGCAAAGGUUACGUCAUGGUGAAGUGUAGAGGACAACAACAGAUCGAUGAGAAAAUUCCUCUGGUGGAGGCGACACAAAUUGAGAGAGAUUUCUUCCAAAAUCAUGACUUUUUCAGACCCCUCUUGGAUGAGAAUAAAGCGACUGUUAAAUGUCUUGCCAUCAAACUCACUCAAGAUCUCGUCAGUCAUAUUAAGAAAUCACUGCCAAAGCUUGACGAGCAGAUAAAAAAGCAGUUGUGGGAUGUGAGGAAUGAGCUGAAGGAGUGUGAAGCUGGACCACCACAGGACCUGAAGGGAGCCAAACAAUUCCUCAUUAAAAUAUUAACAAAAUUCAAUGAUAAAAUCAAGUCCUUAUCAUUUGGAGAGCUGAUCAUUAAGGACAAUUUGUUUGUCCAGCUUCGGACUGAAUACAAGAAGUGGAAUGAUGGUCUUAAUGACACAAAGACGUCCUGUCAUCAAAGCAGAUACAAACAGUGAAAAGUGCUCCAGAAUUACAGAGGAAGGGAACUGCUCGGCUUCAGCAACUACAGAGUUUUUGAGAUGAUUUUGCAGGACCGUGUGGCUAAACUUAAAGAGCCAGCCAUCAAAUCACUCAAUUCCAUAAAAGACAUCAUUCUCAAGCAAUUCACUGACGUGUCUCACCAAUGUUUCCGAAACUACCCUGUUCUUCUAAAUACCACUAUGAACAAAAUCGACAAUAUUCAGUCAAGCCAGCAAGCCAAAACAGAGCAGCGGAUCAUGGAUCAGUUUGAAAUGGAAAGCAUGAUCUACACUCAAGAUCCCAUCUACUUGAAGUUCUUGAAUGAGAUUAGCAGCGAUAAAUUUUCAGAAGCGCAAUUACCUAUUGUGGUGCAGAGGAUGGCUGACCAACUGCCCAUGCUGAUCUCCUUCUACAUGCUAAAGGAGACUGCUCAGCUCCUGUGUACUGACAUGCUGAGUAUACUGGAAGGGGCAAACGUGAGCGAGCUCUUGUUUGAGGACUCUGAUGUCAGCAAAAGACGCAAAUACUUGCAGUCUCGUUUGGGCCGUUUGACCGCUGCUCAGGAAGCACUUAGUGAUUUUAUUUGAGAGAUCAGAGGAUGUUAUCUUACAUUAUACAUAAUGUAGCCUAUUUGACAGCUUGAUCCAUGAAAAUCUUUUGAGCAUAUGAACACAUAUUAUCCUAACCACCAUGUCACAGUUUUGCAAUAAUGUUAAAUAAGUUGGUGAUCUUUUUAAUACAGCCAACAACUUAAUCCAUAAAACUUUAUUCAGCAUAUACAUUUUUUAAUAUAUUGAUUGAUUUCUGUUGUUUCUUUAAACCAAAUACCGGCAGUGUAACCCUUUUACUGUAAUUAAUGAAUAACUAUUAGCCUUUCUUUAGCCUUGUAAGUGCAUAACCUUGUAUUGAAUUCUGUAUCUGGCAGAAUACAAAUACUUUUGAUUGUUUUCAUGUUGGCAGUAAUUUGUAUCCAAAAUAACAUUAAUGGGGCUAAAGGCCUCAGUGA